CAGGACGGGAGGAGGCGACCGCGCGUGGGCACGGGCGCGACCCCCGGGAGGGAUUGCCCGUCCCUGGAGCUCUGCCGGCCUUGAGGUCUUUGAGACAUGAAUCCUUCACUUGUCCUGGCUGCCUUUUGCUUGGGCAUAGCCUCAGCUGUUCUAACAGUUGAUCAUAGUUUAGAUGCACAAUGGAACCAGUGGAAGGCAACACACAGGAAACUGUAUGGCAUGAAUGAAGACGGCUGGCGGAGAGCAGUGUGGGAGAAGAACAUGAGAAUGAUUGAACUGCACAAUGGGGAAUACAGCCAAGGGAAGCAUGGCUUCACAGUGGCCAUGAACGCCUUUGGUGACAUGACCAGUGAAGAAUUCAGGCAGGUGAUGAAUGGCUUUCAAAACCAAAAGUUCAAGAAGGGGAAAGUGUUCCAGGAACCCCUGUUUGUUGAGGUCCCCAAAUCUGUGGAUUGGAGAGAGAAAGGCUGGGUGACUCCUGUGAAGAAUCAGGGUGGGUGUGGUUCUUGUUGGGCUUUUAGUGCGACUGGAGCUCUGGAAGGACAGAUGUUCCGGAAAACUGGCAAACUCGUCUCACUGAGUGAGCAGAACCUGGUGGACUGUUCACAUUCUCAAGGCAAUGAGGGCUGCAGUGGUGGCCUGAUGGAUUACGCCUUCCAGUAUGUCAAGGACAACGGAGGCCUGGAUUCGGAAGAUUCUUAUCCAUAUACAGCAAUGGAUGAAAACUGUACGUACAGGUCUGAGUAUUCUGUUGCUAACGACACUGGCUUUGUGGACAUCCCUAAGCGUGAGAAGGCCCUUAUGAAGGCUGUGGCAGCUGUGGGGCCCAUCUCUGUUGCUAUUGACGCAAGCCACAUGUCCUUCCAGUUCUAUGAAAAAGGCAUUUAUUUUGAACCAAACUGCAGCAGCGAAGACCUGGACCAUGGUGUUCUGGUGGUUGGCUAUGGCACCGAAGGAGCAGAAUCAGAUAACAAUAAAUAUUGGCUGGUCAAGAACAGCUGGGGUGAAGGAUGGGGCUCUGAGGGCUACGUAAAAAUGGCCAAAGACCGGAACAACCACUGUGGAAUUGCCUCCGCAGCCAGCUAUCCCACUGUGUGAACUGAUAUACGGUGACAAGGAAGGACUUGGCUGGGGACAGCAUAUCCAGAGAAGGAAUUUUAUCUUAAAACUGACCAGCUCCUGCUGUGUGGGAUACAACACUUGAAUCAUUGAAGAUCCAAGUUGUGAUAUGAAUUCUGUGACAUUUUUACACUGGUAAAAUGUUACCACUAUUUUAAUUACUGCUGUAAAUAGGAUUGUAUUAUUGAUUCACUUAAUGGCUUUCGAUUUUCAUUUUUAAAAG